CUUGCAGGGCUUGGGCUCGGUCUCCCCGGCCGGAGACUUCUACAGGUGGCCAGAGCCAUGAGUCCAAGAGCCACACGUAAGGAGUAACGAGUAGAAAAUGCUGAAGAAGACGGCUUGGCCACUUGUAGGCCAUAGUCCUGGUUUAAAUACUGCAGAUGGAAGCUGGUGUAAACCUCCUUCUACAGCUGCAGCAUCCGAGUGCUGAAGUGAGAGAGUAUGCCUGUGCCAGUAUUUCCAAGCUGUUGCAGCAGAAGCACGUCAUCCCAGCCUUUGUGCAGAGGGACGUGGUGCGCUGUUUGGGGCCGUUGCUGAUGGAUCACAGUUUAGCUGUUCGGGAGACAGCUGCAGGAGCUCUCCGAAAUCUAAGUGCUUGUGGAGGAUUUGAUGUCUGUGAUGAUAUGGUGACAAACGACAUCAUGACACCCCUGGUUGCACUUUUGAAAGAGUGCAGCACUGGACUAGAUGCUAACCAGCUCUCUCCAAAGAAAUGCAGAGGAAUAAACAAAAAUUAUAUUGAAGACAUAGCCAAUGAGGCUAUUAAUUUGCUGUGGAAUAUAUGUGAAUGCAACAAUACUGCCCUAUACAUAUUCAAUAAAGAAGGAUGUCUGGAGGCUGUGUUACAUUACAUGAAGAAAUUUGCCACAAAUGUGGAUCUGGCUAUUUCAGUAGCAAACUGCUUGCAGGCAGUGACGGAAGAUAAUCCAGAUCUUCUUUCUUCAUUUAACGCUUCUGCACAACAAGUACUGGAAACAGUGAUGUUGUGUCCAGAGAGCACCAUGAAGCACAUCCUUCUGAGAACACUGAUAGCAGGCACUAUCUGGAAUAUAAAGGAUACCAUUCCACCAGGCAGCCUGGGAAGCACGGUUAAUGCAAUCCUGAAGAUAUUUUCAGAAUCAUUGGCAAUAGACGCUGGUGAAACAAUUAUUCAUAUGAAUGAAGCUGAAAAAACCAGGUUAAAAUUUGCUGUGGAAGCAGAAGCUGAGGAAAACAUGAAUGAUAUUACAGAAAACUGUGUUUUGAGUGAAGAUGAUAACAUGGAAGAAAUACCAAAAGGAAAACUCAGAAGAGAAAAUGACGUUUCGGAUUUACUUCCGUCUGAUAAGUGGGAACUGAAAGAAGUGACAGCUUUACUGACGGCUCAGCAGACUGCUCUGGAAAUCAUUGUUAAUAUGUGCUGCAGUGAAGAUCCUUCCGAUGACGAGUGGGAGGAACUCUCCAGCAGUGAUGAGAGUGACUUGUUCAUGGAAAACUCAUACAACGAGGGGAGUGGGCUAUUGCUGUCACCCCUGUGCCUCUCUGAUGAGGUUAACUCAGCAUUUCUGAACAACCUCAUUCCAAAGAAGAUUCUUGAAAAAACUGCUUUUCCGAACAGUGUUGCUCUAGACAUCUGUAUGCACAAUCCGUCUUGGAAACCAUUAAUUAAAAAACUGAAUACAGUGCAGUGUAGAGCUUUAACGUGUCUUCAGAGCAUUUUGUUGGUGUCAGAUUUGGAUUGUCUUGGGGGAGCUUCAGCACUUCAGUCCCUUGCACAGCAUCUCUCACAGCUGAUCUUUUCUAAAACAGAACUCCCUACAGACACAGAAUUCCUGGAAGCUGUAACCAGUGCUUUGAGGGCUCUCCUACAAACAAUGGCAUCAAAGAACAUCUCCCAGUGUAUGACUCCUGAGCAGCUAUUGGCUUUGUGUGAGGCUGGUAUUCAAAGCAGCAAUGCCAGUGUUAGAGUGAACGUGGUGAGCAUCCUUGGAAUUUUUGGCAGUGUCCUGGCAAAAGGACAAGAUACAGCUGAAACACUGAAGAUGAUUGGAAAAUUUCUUCUUGAGGUUGCUAUGAAGGAAUCUUCUCUUGUGGUAGCAGGGGAAGCCUUGGAUGCACUUUUUGAUGUAUUUGCAGAUGGUAAAGAAGCAGAAAAGGCGGCGUUACAGAUAAAGUUGCUUCCAACUCUGAAGGAAUUUCAGCCAGUGUUCAGAAUGAGGAUGCGAAAAGAAGGCAAAGGACAAUAUAGUACAGAUCAACUGUGUGUUCUUGACAAUGUGAAGAUGAAUUUGAGAAGAUUCAUUGCAUAUCAGGAGACAUUAGGGAAAACCCCAACUUGAAGCAUCGAGGAACUUUUAAGGUUUUCCUUAUUGAGUAAUGUUUUCAAAAAAUACAACUGUUUUGAACUUCCAAACUUUACUGAGCAGAGCAGUUUCACUUUGAUAUUAAUGCUACAUUUUAUAACAUUCAGUAUUUUUAUACUUUCGGGUUGAUGCAAUAUGAAAGACAUAUCAGCAUAAAAAACCCCGUAGUGUACCCUGAUAUUGUUGGGAGUGGUAAGAAGGUGCUCUUUAGGUCCUGAGGUCUGUACGUAGCACCACUGUCAUUGUCUAGAUAUCUUCAUGUACCCUGGCAGAAAACUACACUUGUGUGAAAAAGUAAUCUAGAAAAUAUUCUUGGUCAUGUGACAGAUUAAAAAAAAAGUAAAAGCUCAAGAUAUAUUUCAGGGAAUUGAGCAGUGGGAAAAUGUUAAUAUUUGCUAUUUGCUCUUACCUGUUCCUAGAAUUGCACAGGCACUUGCGGCAGACUUCCCAACAGAAGUGUGUGACAAAUGUGUAGAUUGCUGUCAGCACUUGGAUCUGUUAUUUCAUGAGGCUCAUGAGGAGAAAAUUUUCAGAUUCAUUUAUGAUAAAUUCAGUAUGAUAGCUUUUUUGCUGUGAAAGUCAGUGUAAGCAGAUAGAACACCUAGACACAGCUCCCUGUCUUUAUUUUGAUUGGUAUUUCUGAAAAUUAAGUCUCCUAUUUUAGUCUUCCUUGUAAUUCUACAUCAGGACGAGUUUGAAUUCAGGGAAGUGGUAAACCUAACAGAAAGUAUUUUUUAUACUGAGGUAUUACCUGAAGUAAAUUUGUAUUUGCUUACAAUACCUUUUGCAAAAAUAUGUGAUGGAGAUUUUUAAGCUGUAAAAUACAGAAACUAUUUUUUAAAAAUAUCAUUCAUUCAUGGAAAUUGCAUGUGAACUUCCAUAUAUCAAAAGCUUUGGUCUUGUUUCUGUGACUGAGAUCCUCUCAUAAACAUUUUUCAAGAAAAAACCACACAACCAAACACAAAAGCAUUUUGUUUUUCUGGUUUUUGAAGUGGGAGGUUUUUUCUCCUCUCUCUCAAUGUGCUGCCUUAGCUCAGGCAUCCAGUUUUUAGCAAAAUUUUUCCCAUGAUAAAAGCAUGGAACUUAAAAAGACCAAAUUUGCUUGGUUUGUUAGAUUUCGGUCUCUAAGAUUGGAAAGUAGACUUGAGAACUGACUGGUAACUUGCAAAUGACUGACUUUCUGAAAUCCUGACGUGGUAUCUUGUCAAAUGCAAGAGAAAGUGAAAGAUGAGUUUAAGCAGCUGUACUGCCUGGAAGUGCUGUUAUUGCUGUUACUUUACAGGAGUCAGAUGAAAUAUGUGAUGUGAUGCCUGCCAGUGAAAUGAGCGAGAGGGUGGGGUUGGGAGGGCUCAAGGGCCAUUGAGGCUGGCCUGGAGAAAUCCAGGAGAAGUCGUGAGCAUGGAGCGGUUGCAGGGUUAUCCAGGGAUUUGGCAGGGCAGGCAGUGAAGAAGUCUGGAGCGUAACAGCUGAGGAAAGGUGGAUUAUGGCAUAAUACCCUACAGUGUGCGGAUUUUAGUCCUAGUGUUAGCUAUACUUGCUGUACACUGCUGUACACUAUUCGCCUGAUGAAAGGUACUAGUAUUUGUUUGGAGCACUUAAAGGACUUCGAUGUGGGAAGUUCUGCUCUCAUUUUCUGGGUGUUACAUUGAAUUGCAGGAUGUUCUGGAUUGGAAAGGAUCUCUGGAGGUCUUAGUCUAGUCCCCUGAUCAAAGCAGGGCUAACUUGGGAGGCAGGUUGGGCUAGGCCUUGAACAUCUCCCAGAACGGAAAUUCUAUAACUCUGGACAGCCUUUUCCAGGGCUUGACUGCCCUCACUGGAAACACAUUUUUUUCCCUUUUCCCCUUGUGCCUUGUAGGACUUCUCUGCUGCAAAAUGUGCCCCUUGUCCUCUUUGACUGCACACCACCAAGAAGAGUCUGGCUCCGUCUCAUAACCCCCACUUGGUAGCUGAAAAUAGCAAUUGUAUUUUCUUCUUCUCCAGGCCAAAUAAACCCUGCUUCCUCAGCUGUUCCUUGUACGUCUUCUCACCCUCCAACUAUCUUAGUGGCCUUCUGCUUGACCUGCUCUACUGUGUCUUGUACAGAGGGCCCAAAACUGGACACACUACUCCAGAUGUGAUCUCCUAGGUGCUGAAUAGAGGGAAGUAAUUGAUUUUCUUGUCCUGCUGGCCAUGCUCCUGCCAAUGCAGCCUGUUGUUUUAGCUGUUGUUACUGCAAGGGUGCAGUUGGUGAUUCCAACUUACUGUCCACCAGAACCCUUUGGUCCUUCUCUCCAAAGCUGUUCUUUGGUCAUUCAGUCAAGAGCACUGUUCCAAGUGUAGAACUUUACAUUUUACAAGUGUUAACACCCAGAAUCUGUUUCCUGGGGACUGCCAGAAAACCAAAGUAUUUUUUUCAUGUUUUUCUUUUAGGUUGAUAAUGAAAGAAACAUUUCGUCUACAAAUAUAAAUCUGAAAGUUGCAGAUAAAUAUACAGAAGAUAGGGCACCCACUAGAAAACAUGGUUUUCUUAAUAUAAUCAAUUAGACUCUUUUUUUUUUUUCUUCAAGUUAAAAAACAGACUGACAUUUAGAUCUUAAACUAUUCUGGCAAUUGGAAUGCACAGAUUAUUUUUUUGCUAUGCACUGAUGAGCUAAAUGUCUUGAAAAAUAUUUUCAUAAUGAGAUUGGUGCAUAGUACAAACCAUAUCAUUUAAAGAAGAAUAUGAAUGCAUCUAUAGAAGACAAGGCAAGUUGUGAGUGAUUUAAAGAAGUGUCAGAUCAGGGACUAAAACCAGAUGAGAUACACAGGUACAAAAGAACUAAGCUAUAACAUUGGGGCUACAGAAGUUGUUCUGACACAACUAAGGACAAUUAAGGCAGCAGCAGAAGUGAUGAUAAUGUUCAAAUUAAAUGUUUUGGGGCUCUUUGAACACUGGUUUAUUUAAUAGGUCUAGGGCAUGCUUCAGACAAAGACAAGAUCCUUUACAGCCUACAAAGGGGAAGACGGAUCUUGGUACUUUGAGGGUGGCAGAAAUUGGACUGAUGUAGACUGCGUAGCAUAACUAAAUAGAUACUAAAUAGAUGUAAGUGAUCUUCAUCACUUAAUCUAAUCACACAGAUAAGACUGGUAUCAAAACAGGUAUCUGAAUUUGGUUGCUUAUUCUGGUCACUGAGGCAUCAUCUGUCUGCUUCAGUCAAAAACCACAAUCCUUGGAAAGUAUGGAUUGCUGCUUUACUUGUGUCCCUGUCUGAUGCUGAGCACAACAGACUGGCUCUGAGUUGAGCUGUAAUACCAAAAUAGGUGCUGAAUUUACCUUGGUCUGUGGUGUCAAGGAAAGAUUGCAAAGGGGGCUGUGGGUCCCCUGCCCUGUUCAGAACCACUGGCAUUUUCUGCUGCCUUGGUCUCUGCAGCUUGCAAAAUGUUGAAUUCCCAGCUGUGGAAAUAAGGAAUUAUCAUUUGUGUGUCUUUUUUCUUGCUCUCUAUGAAAAGAAAGAAGUGGCAAGAUUUAAAUGUGCAUUUGUUGUGAGGUGUUUUUUAUACAUUGUGCCUUGACAUUCAGAAGCAGAAGAUGGCUGUAUACCACAGUCAAGUCAAUAGUUUAACUCUUUGGGGUUUAUGGGCUUUUUUUUUUUUUUUAAAGACUGUCUUCUUAGAGGAUCAAGAAUGACUUCAACCAGUACUACUUGGCUUGGUUUGAUAUUUGUAUUUUGAGAGACAAAUACAAAAAAAAAUGAGAGCACAGUAAAAUUAUAAAAUGAGAACUGCACUGGAGAACAAAUGAAUUUUAAACUAGUUUGUAGUUUAAGUAUUAUAAAUGAAAUUCAUAUCUUGUAGAAUGUUAACAUAAAACAACCAACAAAAAAUGCCCAUAAACUCAAAUCCUGUUUCCUUAGUAAGGGAAUUUCAAUAAAAACAUUCCCGAGGAUUGGAUAGAAACAUCUAGCCUUACAUUUACUGUUGCAAAUUCCAAUUCAGGCAAUGGUAGUGGUAAUUGAAAAUAAUAUAAUUGUUCCUUUCUGGCACAGGUGACUUAAGCAAACAAUCUAUAUAUAGUUUGUGCUGGACAAGCUGUUAAGAUAUAUAACUUUAAGAUAAUUGGCAAAAUCUGAGGUCUCUGACAGAUACAGCAGAUAACGGAACUUGAAGUUUUUCCACCAGGGCUGACACACGGUGAGCCAUUCUGUUUGAUGAAGCUUUUUGUAAGUUUCUUGCCUCUGUGAGAGGCAUUUUGUCAAACAUAGACAUAAUUCAGUGACCACAUAGAGCAUAGUUUGAGGCUUGCACACCUGAGGAUAUAGGAAGAUGCUUUUUUCUUUUGAAUCUGGGUGUCAGGAACUCCUUGCACCACUGUUACAUUAUGGGUUUAAGUCCAACUGCUUGGGAACUGAACUAAGAUCCCUGUAAUAAUCUGUGUGCUGUUGAAAUGACUGUGGCUGCUGCGUGUUCUCAGCACAAUGAGGGUCCUGAUGCAGCCCUGGCGUUGCGAGGUGCUCGCAUAAAUCCCUGCACCACGCUGAAAGCUGUGUUGGGCUUUCAGUCAACCUUCUCCCGGUUUUGUGUUCCUGCUGUGAUAAAAAUCCCAUUGAGAAUUGUCUUCUUUCUCCUCUGACAUGUGAAUUCUUUUUUUAAUUUUUAAGGACUAUUGCACUGGCCUCUUUGCUCCUCUCUGCCCCUUCAAAUGGAGAGUGAAAAGCACUUCCAGAACUUAAUGGAUGAAUGGCUGAUUCAGCUAGUAAAGCAUGAUGUUUCCAAAUAACCUUUUCUGGGAAGUUCUCUUUUUAGUAAAUAAUAGAGUUAAAAUUCAAAGCAGUGAUUAAAAAAACCAAUUUGACCAUAAUAAAGUGUGGGUUUUGUUUGUUUUUUAUGCCACCCGGGCAUACUUGCUAAUCUAAAGCAUUGUGUUACUACACCACCUCUGUUGUGUCCUGGCUCUAUUUGCUUGGGACCAGGGUUGUUACUGAGGAAUCCUGUAAAUUAAUAAACCUCAGUCCUAUAGAAAACUUGUUUGUGUUUAUGUGCUAUGAGUAUACACUAAAUCAUGGAUUUUUUCAGAGUUAGCUUUAUUAAAAAAGAAAAGGAAACAAAUCAGUUGUUUUCAUGUUACUUUUACCUCCUUAAGGGUAAUGCGAAAUCUUUUAUUUGACUUGCAGUUUUCUUUGUUGCUUUUUAAAAAGCAGUUCAUUAAUUGAAACAUUUCUAUUUGCAUUUGUGAUGUGCAGGGAACAUCAUUUAAACCCAUCUUGUUACCUUUUCCUGCUAUGCUUAUAAUUCUCAGAAUAACUGAAGAAUGUGGGGUUUGGAAAAUAGGGUUAUUCAUAGUGGUUAUUCCCCAAUUCCAAGACAUGUUCAAGUCCCACUGGUUUCUACUUGGCUUUCGGUAGUAGCUUUUGGUCCUAAUUUUCGAAGCAAUUAAGUUUGUCAAGCCCCAGAUUUCACUCUCUUGCUGUGGUUCAUUUUCUCUUGGUCAGUGCAGAUCAGACAUGCUGUGACAGAGCACAGAGGAGUGUUGAGGACAGUAUGUUCUGCUCUGGGAUGGGGGGGAGAAGCCAGAACUUCAGUCUUCAGUUGUCACCAGGAAAUGGUGCAAAGUCUUCUUCUUCGCAAACUGUUCACAGAAUGCUUGAAGUUGGAAUGCGACUUUUUAAUUCUAAACCCUCCACCUCCAGCUUCCUGAAGAGAAAUCAUCUCCCCUGCAAUUCUGAAAGUGGGGGAAGCAGUAGGCCCUUCAUGCAGAGUGCUGGAAACUUUGUAGCUGAUAUUAAAGAUGUUUUAAGGCUGUAGUAUGAAAAUACUAAAAAUAAAACCGAGUCUAACAAGAA